CCAAGUCUCUAAGUUAAGCUUUCAGGUCAAAAUUCAAGGAAGCAAGACAGAGAAUCAUCACCUCAAAUUUUCGCUUUUUUUCAUUUUCCCAACAUCAUCUCUUAUUUCAAAAUGAUAGCGACCAAUUUCCAGAUAUCUAAAUCCAUAUAAUGAUCAUAAUGGUUGUUGAACGGAUCGGUUCCCCCCAAUCAUACGCCGCCACGCUCCUAUGAUUCCUCGUUUGCUGAUGUCUGAGCCGUGGGGUCCACUGUAAGCGGUGUUUGGCUACUAGCAUUACCAAACUCCUGAACUGAAUCAAUCGCCUUUAAAGUUAAUCUGUGUAAUAGCCUACCCUCCCGGCAGAGUCAAGUAGAAGAGGGAAAUGGGUCUGCUAACCAAUAGAGUAGAAAGAGAUGAUGUCAGGCCAGGGGAUCAUAUCUAUACUUACAGGGCUGUUUUUACCUACUCUCACCACGGGAUUUUUGUUGGGGGUAGCAAGGUGGUUCAUUUCAGACCUGAACAAAACUUGAAUUCCAGCACCGAGGCAUCUCUGGACUUGUAUGAUUCAGCAUCUAGCCUCUCAUCUUCCUGUCCAAUCUUUCCUGAUUGUGGAUUCAGGCAACCCAACAGUGGGGUAGUGCUCUCAUGCCUGGAUUGCUUCCUUAGAAACGGAUCCAUUUACUGCUUUGAAUAUGGUGCAAGUCCAUCAGUUUUUCUUGCCAAAGUACGUGGAGGCACAUGCACCACUGCACCAUCUGACUCACCAGAUGCGGUUAUCCACCGCGCAAUGUAUCUUCUCCAAAAUGGGUUUGGGAAUUAUGAUAUCUUUCAAAACAACUGUGAGGAUUUUGCACUCUACUGCAAAACAGGUUUACUGAUAAUGGAGAAGCUAGGGGUUGGAAGAAGUGGUCAAGCGUCUUCUGUAGUUGGGGCCCCAUUAGCUGCCAUUCUUUCUUCUCCUCUGAAGCUGCUGAUUCCAAGCCCUGUUGGUGUUGCAACAGUUACAGCCGGGAUGUACUGUAUGAGCAGGUAUGCAACAGACAUCGGUGUUCGGUCUGAUGUGAUCAAGGUGGCAGUUGAGGAGUUGGCUGUGAACUUGGGGUGGGGAGAACAGGAAGUAGCUGAGGAAGAUGAAGCAUCUAACAGACAGAGUGCAUAUUGAUUCCUCUUGCCUAUAGAAUCUUCAUAUGCGUGAAAAAGGCAGUCACCAGAAAUAAUUAUCUGUUGAAAUGCAUGAAUGAGUUUAGGUUUGCUUGAUCUCUCCUUCCCGGUCAAGCAGGCACUUGGUGUUUUUACAGUGGUUUGGUUGUCUAAUUGUGUAUGUGGAAAGUUCAAUUAUCAACUAUAGAAGUUACAGGUAUAUAUGACUCCUGUUUCAUAUGGUGUUACCAACUCUUGAAAGUAAAUUUAAGGUCAUUAGUCGCUUGAGAAUGC